UCGAACAGAGCUUUCGGCCAUUUUUAUUAUUGUCUCCCCCUCUCUAAACCAGGAAAAAUCUAAAGACUAAAUUUCGCCAUUUCUGAUUUCUCGAGCUCGAAUCCUUGGAUCAUCCAACUGGGUUCGUCUUUUUUCUUCCGUGUGUUCCAUUUCAAGCUCUGUGUUUCUUGAUCUUUUGUCAAAAGUUUCGGGUUUCGAGUUGGGUAUGAAAUAGGGUGGAGAGGUGAAAGAGAAGGUGGGGUGAAAAAAAGGUUGCUUUUUGUUUUUUGUUGGGGAUUGACGAGAGAGUGAAGGCGAUGGAGCAGAAGCACGUGUUCUUAUCGGCGUUAGGUGUUGGUGUCGGGGUAGGCCUUGGGUUGGCUUCAAGCCAGAGCUUGAGUAAAUGGACGAGCUCUGCAACAGACGGUAUAACAGGGGAGCAGAUUGAGCAGGAGUUGAUGAGACAAGUUUUUGAUGGAAGAGAAAGCAAGGUUACUUUUGAUGAGUUCCCUUAUUUCCUAAGCGAGAAAACUCGGGUGUUGUUGACAGGAGCUGCCUAUGUUCAUUUAAAACAGCUUGACAUCUCCAAGCAUACCCGGAAUCUUUCUCCGGCCAGCCGCACUAUUUUGCUUUCCGGACCUGCAGAACUUUAUCAGCAAAUGCUUGCAAAAGCAUUGGCACACCAUUUCAAAUCAAAGCUUUUGUUGUUAGAUAUUACUGAUUUUUCUCUCAAGAUGCAAAGCAAAUAUGGCUGCACCAAGAAAGAAGCUUCAUUCAAGAGGUCAAUCUCAGAAAUGACAUUAGAUCGAGUGUCGAGUUUGUUUGGUUCCCUUUCGAUGCUUUCUCCAAUAGAAGAAACAAGAGGUAUACUCCACGGAAGGAGCAGUAGCAUUGAUGUUAAAUCAAGGAGUAUCGAGACAUCUACUAACCCUCCGAAACUCCGAAGAAAUGCCUCUGCAGCAUCAGAUAUGAGCAGCAUUUCUUCCUGUUCUACAACUCCAAAUCCCACUCCCCUCAAACGUUGCAGCAGCUGGUGCUUCGACGAGAAACUUUUUCUGCAAUCACUUUACAAGGUACUGCUUUCAGUAUCUGAAAAUGACUCCAUAAUACUAUACUUGAGGGAUGUUGAGAAGCUUCUACUCCAAUCACAAAGGCUUUAUAACCUAUUUCAAAGAUUGCUGAAGAAGCUUUCUGGUCCGAUUUUAAUACUUGGGUCGCGGAUGAUUGAUCCAGAAGAUGAUUGCAGAGAAGUCGAUGAGAGGAUCACUGUUUUAUUCCCAUACAAUAUUGAGAUCAGACCACCUGAUGAUGAAACUCAUCUUGUUAGUUGGAAAGCUCAGCUAGAAGAAGACAUGAAGAUACUCCAAUUUCAAGAUAACAAAAACCAUAUUGCUGAAGUACUAGCAGCAAAUGAUCUUGAAUGUGAUGAUUUGGGUUCAAUCUGUCAUGCAGAUACUUUGGUUAUCAGUAAUUAUAUUGAAGAGAUUGUGGUAUCUGCAAUUUCUUAUCAUUUGAUGAACAAUAAGGAUCCGGAAUAUCGAAAUGGGAAGCUUGUUAUAUCAUCAAAGAGUUUGUCCCAUGGACUGAGUAUAUUCCAGGAAGGUAAAAGUAGUGGGAAGGAUACCAUAAAGCUGGAGACAAAGGAGAAUGAAGAGACUGUUGGUGCAAAGGCUGAGUCGAAAUCUGAAUCAGCAGCCCCUGAAAAUAAAGGAGAAAUUGAGAAAUCUAUUACAGGAGUGAAGAAGGACGGCGAUACUCAAGGACCAGCAAAAGCACCCGAAGUUCUUCCUGAUAAUGAAUUUGAAAAGCGAAUCAGGCCAGAGGUAAUACCUGCAAAUGAGAUAGGAGUGACAUUUGCAGACAUUGGUGCACUAGAAGAGAUCAAAGAGUCCCUCCAAGAGCUUGUCAUGCUCCCUCUCCGGCGACCAGACCUCUUUAAAGGAGGCUUGCUCAAACCUUGCCGGGGUAUUUUGCUUUUCGGCCCUCCUGGAACUGGCAAAACAAUGCUAGCCAAGGCCAUUGCAAAUGAAGCUGGAGCAAGUUUCAUCAACGUCUCCAUGUCCACCAUCACUUCAAAAUGGUUUGGAGAAGACGAAAAGAAUGUUAGAGCUCUAUUCAGUCUUGCAGCCAAAGUUUCCCCAACGAUCAUCUUUGUUGAUGAGGUUGAUAGCAUGCUCGGACAAAGGACAAGAGUUGGGGAACAUGAGGCUAUGCGUAAGAUCAAGAAUGAGUUCAUGACACAUUGGGAUGGACUUUUAACGAAAAAUGGUGAACGAAUCCUCGUUCUUGCUGCAACAAACAGGCCAUUUGACCUCGACGAAGCAAUCAUCAGGAGGUUUGAGCGCAGAAUUAUGGUUGGUCUUCCAUCGGUUGAGAACAGGGAGAUGAUCUUGAAAACCCUGUUGGCAAAAGAGAAAGUUGAAAAUCUAGACUUUAAGGAACUUGCUACCAUGACCGAAGGAUACAGUGGAAGUGAUCUUAAGAACCUGUGUGUAACAGCUGCAUAUCGACCCGUUAGAGAGCUUAUACAGCAGGAAAGAUUAAAGGAUAUGGAAAGCAAAAAGAAAGAGGAAGCAGGAAAAAGCACCGAAGAGUCAGAGAAAAAUGCAGAAGAGUCAUCAGAUUCAAAAGAAGAAAAUAAAGAGGAACAAGUUAUUGUUUUAAGGCCCUUGAACAUGGAAGAUAUGAGGCAAGCGAAAAACCAGGUUGCUGCUAGUUUUGCUGCAGAAGGAUCAAUAAUGAGCGAGCUGAAGCAAUGGAAUGAAUUAUACGGAGAAGGUGGUUCGAGAAAGAAGCAGCAGUUGACUUACUUUCUGUAGAUUGCAGAAGCUGGAGACCUCUCAUCAUAUUUCUUCUUUUUCUUUGAGAAGCUUAAAAACAAAAGCCCUUCACAGCAAAGAGUGCUUAUACAACUGCUCUCACCCGAGUAUGGCAACAACCAAGCAAAUGAAUUACUAGCAACACAGAAGUGUAAAAGUAAAAGCAAAAGCAGAGGCUAUUUUUUUUACAAUGCUGACAAGUGCUUAAAAAAAAGCCAGGCAGAAAAAGCUUGCUUCACAAUGCUGGCAUGAUUCAAUAUUAUGUGGCAUUGAUUCAACAUCAUCAAAAUAAGCAGAAUAAAGGAAAUGAAGAUGGUUGACCUUAGAUUGUUUAGGUCAAUAUUUUACAGCAAAAGUAUAUCUACACCCCUUUGCCACCAUUAAUUUAGACCUGUUGCAUGUUAUUAUUCAAAAUGUGGUGUGAAUGUGGAAAUGGGUAAUGAUUUU